AUGGAUUCAUUACGACAACCCGAAGCGCAAGAAAUCAUAUGUGAAGCGCGGAAAACGAGCCAAAUCAACGCCAAAGCAAGAUAUUCAUUGUGCCAAGAAAAAUCAUCAACACAACUUAUCAAUGAUUCGGUUGAAUUACCUAAACCUGGUGUUUGCGGAUCUUCUCAACCUAGUCAACGUAUUGUUGGUGGCGAAGAGACCGCCAUAAAUGAAUUCCCGUGGAUGGCACAAAUUGAAUACACAAAACUUUAUAUCCUCACAGGCAAAAAAACCUUUUAUAAGUGCAUUGGUAUCAUUAUCAACGAAAAUUACAUUUUAACAGGCGUCCGACUUGGUGAAUGGAAUACAACAUCUAACCCAGAUUGCGACGAUGGCCAAUGCGCUGAUCCAGUUCAAGAUAUUCGUGUGGUAGAACGCAUUCCACAUGUAGAUUAUAAUCCAGAUUCGGAAUCUCAAGGAAAUGAUAUUGCUCUGCUACGUUUGGAACGACCGAUCACCUAUACAGAGUGGAUUAAACCCAUCUGCCUGCCAGCAUCGAGUGAGGUUUUAAACCAAAAUUAUGCUAGAUCCAAAUUGAUUCUCUCAGGAUGGGGAAAAACAGAGCGUGGUCACUUAAGUAAUAUCAAGUUGAAGGUUAACUUGGAUAGUGUUCCUAUCGAUCGAUGUAGUAAUAUGUAUAGUGCAUAUAAUGCUACUCUCACAAAUAAACAACUAUGUGCUGGCGGUGAGAAAGGGAAGGAUGCAUGUGAUGGUGAUAUGGGUGGUCCAUUGAUGAAAUUGCAUAAAACUGAUGAAACACACUUCCACUACUAUGUGGUGGGUGUUACUUCAUUUGGUCGUGAUCCAAGUGGUCGAGAUGGAUGGCCUGGAGUAUAUACAAGAGUGGACCGUUACAUUGAUUGGAUAAAAGCUAACAUCAAACCAUAG